CUCAAGAUGAGGGUCUCGCCUCUCAUUCUUUCAUUGCCAGUGAUUGUCUCCGCCCAGACAGGCAACUCCAUUUGGAAGAAACGCCUUACAGGUGCAGACCUCGACACCAACCAGCGCUGGUCCGUCGCUGGAACUGACCUGGGGAUACCAUAUGUGCUCGAAAACGGCGCCAUUGGCUUUCUAUUUGGCGACACGUUCAAUACCCCAUGGCCUGAAGAACCCAACAAUGACUGGCGGGCACCCGUUAUGUUGCGCUCCGCCAUCAACCCCGGCGACCCGAACGGGAUCGUCUUCGACUCUGCAGCAGGUAUAGCAGGCAACGGCAACGCGCCAGAGAUCAUGCACAAUGGCCACAGAGGCGACGAUGGAUUCGGUACGUAUGAAAUCUCAGUCAUUCCCAACGACGGGAUCGGGUUCCCCGAGACCGGCGACCAAAUCGUCUCCUACAUGAGCAUCAAGGACUGGACGGCUCCGUGGACGACCAACUAUGCCGGACUUGCUAUUUCGACGGACGGAAACACCUUCACACGCCUCGAUGUCAAGUGGCCCAACGACGAUUCCAACACCGACCCCUUCCAGAUGUGGACGAUGCAGCGUGAUGGGGACUGGGUGUACAUAUUCUCCGUCCGUUCGGGUCGCCAGCAAGGCCCCAUGAUGCUGCAGCGAGCGCCCUGGGACCAAAUGAUUAACCAAACCGCAUAUCAAGGUUGGGGUUGGGAUGGCAACGAUUGGGGCUGGGAUCGUCCUUGUACUCCGAUUCUACAAGGCAACUUUGGCGAGCCUUCGGUGCGCAAGCUGAGUGAUGGGACUUGGGUUAUGAGUUAUCUUAAUCUUGACUCGCUUAACAUUGUGACUCGCACGGCGACGGGACCUGACCAGGUCUGGUCGGAUGAAACGGUACAAGUCUAUUGGAGUCAGGAACCGUCCCUCUACGGGGGAUUUAUCCACCCUUGGUCGACGUCAAAUGCGAGUGAGCUCUAUCUGAUGGUUUCGAAGUGGGCUCAUGAUCCAGUUACGAAAGCCUCGACGGCUUACCAUGUGAGCCAGUACGUCGGAUCUCUCUGAUUUAUUAUGUUAAAUAAUAUUGAAUGUUAUACACGUUCCGAAUUGUAUGUAAUUAAUUCGAAUUGC